AUGGUCGAGCUCUGCAUCGACGCGGACGUCGUCGACAUCGCGCAACAUCCAACGAUCGAACUGCAGGUAUUCUGCGCCGACUCGUGGGGCGCCCGUGAAUCGCUGCUCGGGUCGUCUCAAGUGCGCAUGCCUCGGUACGGACUGGCGUUCCACGAACUCACGCCGCUGUCGCGGAACCAAGUUACGACUGGGCAGCUCCUCGUGUUUGUGGACGCGACGGCGCACUGGAGUGCCGCAGACGUCGAGCGCGACCUGGAGCACUGGAGCGCGCUGACACUGGCGCCAAAGGAAGGCCUUGAACAGCCAUCCAGUGAAGCGACGCCGCGUGCUGCCGAGCUCUCACCUCGGUAUGCGUCCGAGGGCUCGACCGUGGAGGAACCUGAGCCCGAGUGCGGAAAUGGGUAUUGCUGCUGGUCCAACAUGCACCAAGCCGCGUUCCGCUACCUCUGGCCCGUGCUCCGCGCCUGCGUCUGGUUCAACGUCUGGCGAGUCCGGAACGAUCGCGUCUUUCGCGCCGACCUACCGCUGCCAAGUCCAUGGACGAUUGCCGUCAAGGCGGCGCACUUGCACCACAGCCUCGUACAAGAGCCCGAACAGCUUGCUCUUCGUCGGCUUCUCCGGCCACUCGUACGCUGGCGCCGAUGA